AUGUACCACCUUGCCAAAGGCCUCUACCUCCUCGCAACAAGCAAAGAAGAAUACUCCGUCAUCCUCCUCGGCCUCGACAAUGCCGGCAAGACGACCUUUCACGAGCAGGUCAAGUCCAUAUACCUCCCCAAUGCGCCCGAGCCCAAGCUCAAGACCGUCCCCACCGUCGGCCAGAACGUCUCGACUAUAACCCUGCCCGACAUGUACCUCAAGCUCUGGGACGUCGGCGGCCAGCACUCCCUGCGCAAGCUCUGGCAGAGCUACUACGCCAGCUGCCACGCCAUCGUCUUCAUCAUCGACAGCACCGACAUUGGCGACGGCGACCUGGCGCACGAGAACACGGGCCGCCUGGACGAGUGCAGGCUGGUGCUGGAAGACGUGCUGCAGCACUCGGAGACGGAGGGCGUGCCGCUCCUGAUAUUGGCCAACAAGCAGGACAGGGAGGACUGCGUCGAGACGAUACGCAUCAAGGAAGGGCUGGUCAAGCGGGUCAUGGAGGGCGAGAAGGGCGCUGCCAUUCGCGACUCGCGCGUGCUCGCCAUGAGUGCGCUGACGGGCGAGGGCGUGCGGGAAGCAAUCGACUGGGUGCGGUCGAGAGUCCAGUGGAACAAGGAGUCACGGCCACCUGUCAUGAGGUAG